ACCGAAUCCCAGACCGCACGAGGCGCGCGUGAAAUCGGUUUCUUUCCGGGGUUGUCUACAAAUUAAAUCGUUCUGUUCACGAAAAAUUAUCCGCGAUUUCGACACGCGUCUCACGCUCGCGUAGUUUCCCGUUUUCCCGUCCCUCUUGAAAAACAGAGAAGCCCGAAAAUACACACGGUUUGACGUAAAACGGGAGUAUCAAAGUAAGCAAGCAAAAUCGACCUUACAUCUGUUUCUUUUUCGCGUUCUGUACCACACGGAAAAGCUCGGUGUUGUAGCCCCCGUUGGUUGACUUCGUUCCUCGUGUACCGUGGACUUCGUAUCUCGCGAUUGCGAGAAUAAUUUACACGUUUCACGGGUGAGCUCUGAUUCGAACGCCAACGGAUUCCGUUAAACCAACGGGCGGUCCCCCGAAUCUACACGAUCUUUCGCAACUCCAAUGAAAACAAAGAAUCCAGCCCUUUUCUAUUUUGAAAAUUUUCCUUCCAUCCCUGCUUCUCCCACCAGCUUGGUUCUGCCUCGAAUUAAAUGAACCGCAAAGGGCUUCCAGGACGAUCUGCCCUCUCGUUCGACACGGUGGACGGUCUUCUGGACAUCGAUCAAAUACUGGAGACCGACCCGUGGAAACAGAUCGACGAUUUCGUGCAGCAUAACUUCAUGCAGGACAUCCUGAACGAGUUCGACGAGAAACUGACGCUCGACCCGAAACACGCGCCCCCAGACGGCAAGAAAACCACGAAACAAGAGGGAGCGAUGCAAUCGUCGAAGGAGACUCGCGCGAAGAAGUUUGAUAAAUCGAAGCGGGAGAACUCGAAGGGAAAUGAUCAUAAGGGUGGUAAUACGGUGAAUACGAGUGGAAGGACGAGGGAGAAAACAGAGAAAUCGAGAUAUCGAAAACGAAAACUUUAUAAUGGAAAUCACAAUGUUACGAAAUCACCCAGGAAAUUACAAAUUAAGAAGGACGCCUCGAAUGUCAUCGCAGACGCAAACACGGCUACGAUGCUCUCCAACGGUGAGAAUAAGGUCCUUGGAACGAACAACGAGACUUUGAUCGUGGGAAAGGUGACCAUCGGAACGGAAAGAAUAGGCGAAACCACGAUGGAAACAUCACAGGACGAUAACAGCCGUCUCUCGUUCGAAAUGAGCACUCCUAGACACGACUCUCCGCGAAUCUGUAAAUCCGCGGAGAAAACAGAGACCGUUGCGAAGUCUGAGGAAUCGGAGAAGAAACAUUUUCCUACCAGUAACGAGUGCCCGAACGCGUCCAAGGUUCGCCCGAGGAACAUUUUGGACAACAACCGUGCCGAGUUGAAGGAUGAAAAGAAUAUAACGAACGAGUCAUCGGCGAAAUCGAAACACGUGGACAGGAAAAAGGAAAAGGGAAAUGUUCAGAAAACUGAUAAGGAAGAAAAAGGAAUCAAAAACGGUGCGACUAGGCGAUCGAAAGAGAGUAGAACGGCGUCGAAACACAGGAAAUGCGAAAGUAAACCUCCGAAGAAGACAGCUCGGAAAAUGAAGCUGAAACGAACGGAGAAGAAAUCACAACGAUACGAGAAGCAGGUGAUACGAGGCAUUGAAAAGUUCGGGAAGCGAAUAGCGAACAUGGCGACGAAAAUCGGUUAUUUGUCAGGAGAUGAUUCCAGCUCAGACUCCGACGCAUCCUCGUCCGAUUGUUGUUGCAACUGUUCCGACUGUUAUUCCUCCUCCGAAUGCACCUGUUAUGACUGUGAUGUCUCCUUCGAGUCCGCUCGCAAGAUUUGUUGCGACUCUUGCGACACCUUCGAUUCCUCUUCCAGCAGUUGGUCCGACUUUUCCUCCUCCUUCGAUUCCUCUUCCUGCCUUUGUUCCGGUUGUUGUUCCUGUUCCGAUUCUUGCUCGUGCAGCUGCUGUUCUUACGACGACAUCAGCGAGAUCGACGAGUACUCGGAAUUCACGUUGUGUUCGUCUUCGGAUUACGACAAUUGAUCUUCCUCGAGGGCGUCUCGUUUCGCUCAACUUAACUUGUUACUUGAACUUGUUAAGGUACUUGUUACUUAAAAACUUAACUAGAUUUUUAAGAACCCAUAAUAUUUAUACGCGCGUGUGACGCUGUGCGUUCAUUUUUACAUUGUUACAAGGUUUGAUGGAAACUUAACGGAGAACUGUGAAUUAUUUAUUGUAUGGAUGAAUUGACGGAGUUGUGAAUAAAGAAAGUACCCAGAGU